CCAUGUCGGGAGCGUUUCUGAAAACACUAAUUUCUCCUUGAAGAUUUGAUCGGACAAUAAUGAAAUUACAUCAAGUAUUGACAGGRGCUGCUAAUACUUAUGAUGACAAAGCGGCYAUUGAUGUUGGAAGUGUUGAAGAUUAUCCAUUUACGGCAUAUGCAUCAGGAUGUGAUGUAGUCAUUCUUCUAAGCGGUUUCACAAGAGUUCAGAUCAUUCCMGGUUCUUUGUAUGGUUACAAAGAAGUCAGCUGUGUGGAUUGCUGCGACACUGAUGGCAAGAUUGCUGUGUCAUAUGGACCAAAAGUUGUCACAUUUAAAGCUAAACCAGCUGUAGAGCCUGCUGAUCAUGGAUUUCCCUUUCACUGGGAGCAGUCCUCAGAACUCUGCUUGAAAUUCAAGAUUACUUGUUUGUCAUGGAACAGAGAAGGAAAAAGACUCCUGAUUGGUGGAGACUUCCUCCAGCUSUGGAGCUGUGAGAGAGACACUUUGUAUGGAAACUUAGACUCAUCCARKGAAGAAGAGUUUUGGACAUGUGUCUGGACUUGCAGACCUGCAGUUCCUAUUUACAUUGUUCUGUAUUCGCCUGAUGGUCAGUACUUUGCUUCUAUAGGAAAGAAUGAUCGAUUGGUAAAAGUUUGGUUUGAACAAAGUAAAGUUAAUGCUCCAUCUCAAGAUAASCUCAUGGCAUUUCCUGAAGAAGUAGACUUUUCGUUUGUGUACUUGGCCCAUCCAAAGUCUGUCACUGGAUUUGCUUGGAGGAAGACUAGUAGAUACAUGCCURUUUCUUCUGUGGCCAACGUCCUCCUAACAUCAUGCGUAGACAACAUAUGCCGAAUAUGGUCAGAAACAAUGAAACAUGGUCAUCAAAUGGAAGAAGCUGCAACACAGCCUUUGGCAGGGAACUACAAAUGYCCAAAACAUAAGAAACAAGCCUAUGAUCCUCUCUCAAAACACAGGAUGACAUCAGCUCUUCAUUUCCACCUUGCAGCMAUGAUAAAUCCUUUGAAUGACAUUCCUUUGUUAUCCUCUAUGGGGAAUUUCUCACCAAAAGGUGCUCAGAGCACAUUCAUGUUACAUUGGCUUAACAACAAGGAAAUGCAGUAUACUUGCUCUGCCGAAGCCUCACUUGGUAUCACACCUAUGGGAUGUUCUGAGGUGCCUAGUGUUGAUGCAAGUGAUGACUCUUCAGAGGACGAAGAAACUUCUUCUGAUUUUGAUGUUCUUGGAAAUGGUGUCAAUAAUGUUUUGGAUGAAAAAACACGAUUAGGAGAAAGUGGUCAAGAUAGAAUGGAAAUGAAGCCUUUCGUAUCCAGAAAGCCCACCUCGAGUCCAGUAAAGAAUGAACAAAGACCUCUACCCCCACCACGCCCAAGAACACCCCUGGAAUAUCUUAAAGAACUCCAAUCAGACAACUAUCCAACUUCUGCUUUGWCARCAACAUUCUACAACUACAUCACUAAUGUGGUCGGCCAGCUUCUUCGRGAAUGGAGCCAAAGUCAUGACACAUUGAUCGCUGUUCAUCCCAUUGAUGGCUCUCUGUUAGUAUGGCUUGUAGAGUGGCUGGAUGUGCAAUCAAGGAGUCAGUUCAGGCARCCACAAGUUAGUUUUCUAUCCCGCAUUCCAAUGGCCAUUCCACCAGCUGAUGCUAACUCRCUGUUGCCGAAACUGUAUGUGUAUUGUCCUCGAAGCGACAAGAUGAAAACACUUAGAAGACAGGUUUCCARGUCUGGAGGUAUGUCACCCAAGGCACUUAGAAACAAAUUUGGAGCAUCUUCAAGUGGUGCCCAGGCAACAGCAGUCAUGGUGUCCACGCAUAGAGAUGGUGCUCUAAACCACUGGAAACUAGUGUUCGCAGACAACAGUCUCUUCUCCACUGUUGUCAGUAUAUCUCACGUUGCUAGGAGAUGUGGUCAUCGUUAUCCAAUCACGACCAUUCUAGCACAUCCUCAGCUGCCRCUCCUUCUUUCAACAUCGAGUCACGUGAUUGAACCAGGUUUUGGUGGAAGCAGUAUGCAUGAUUCYYCRAGAAAAUCYGCUGAUGAAAAGGCUAAAAUUCAUUGCAGUGAGCUGGUUGUGUGGCGCGUUGAAACCGUGUCCCCUCUAAGACAAAGUGGAGGCGUUCUGGAGCUCACAAGAAUACAUUCCGGUCGUCCAAAUGCUUUUAAAAACUUUGCUUGGGUUCCUACYUUAUUUUCACACUCUUUACUAACAUUUGAAAGCCACACAUCCCUACCCCCUCAGGCAGUUGCUCCCUGUGUGUGCUUCCUGGCGUUUGAUGGACAGACAUAUCGUUUUUAUCAAGUUAUACUUGACGCUCGCAUGUUACAAUCGUUUAUAUCCAGUCACAAAUCAAGGACAAGAUCAACGCUGUAUUCAAGCAGCAGUGAAGGUAGUUUGGACUCAAUUGAUCUGGAAACUCCGACGUCCAGUGUUCCAGUUGAUGCUUUUAUUGAAUCAAUAGUCAGUCGGCAGUCUGGGUCCAAUCCUGGGUGUAUAYUGAAGCUGUGUUCGUUAGUAGAUUCACGGGAAGUCCUUCAAAACCCUUUACUUUUACAUAUAUUCACAGAAAGAUCAAUCAAACCAGACCUUUGUCURAACCCCCAGAAUGAACCAACAGAGGACAAUGAAGGUUCGAAAUCUGAAGACAAUUUCUUUAUUGUGGGCGUCGAAAAUGUCMCAGACCCGGAGGAUCCAAGUCGAACAAUUUCACAACUCCAUAUGUGGAAUAUGAAAGUAACGGCUACCAAGGCUGAGAAUGGAGCUGAAGAAGAAGAUCUGUUCUCCUACCCUGAGGUAGUUAGAGGAGGCAGCUUCUGCAGCAGUCAGCAGUCUUCUCGAAGCACCAGUCCCUUAAAUAUACCUAUAGAAUAUCCUGCGMAAACAACGAUUUCUUCCAAGAAAGUAUGYACAGAGAAAUUACCCCUACCSCCUGGGGUUUUCAUCAAGACAGCUACAAGAGCUGCUGAYAAGAUGUCUUCAUCGGCAGUCAACCCAACRUGUCCUGCGUCGUAUCUAUUCACGACCUCGUGUUCUGAUGGGAAGGUGAGGUUUUGGUCUUGYAAAGAAGAGGAAGAUGGCRGCAAAUUUAAAUGGGAGGAGACAUUAUGGCACGCGGACAGAAACCACAUUCUSGASCAUUCAUCACGAGAGGAAGAAAAKUCUUCUAGUUUACAAGAUGAAGUCAUGUCRAUUAGUUGYGCGUAUACUGAAAGGCUGGCAACCUUGGUAAGAAGAGCUCCYGAGGGAGGGAAGGGUGARGACGGACUAUUAGUUUGUGUYUGGGAGAGUGAGUCAUCUGGAGGAGUUGAGUGGACACUUGAAGACACGUUGAGGUUAAACUGCAAUUCCCAGCCAGAUCCAUCUCAAGUUCGCCUAGAGUGGAUCUCAGUGGAGAACGGCGCRCAUAUCCUAACUGUCUGCAUUCAAAAUGAGAUCUUCAUUCUUGGAGCAGCGUCUAGAAUCUCUCCUUUACCUCUUAAUGGAGACAAAAUUAAUGUCGGUAAAGAGUCUUGGAUUCUUCUUGACAGCACACACCUUGCCUCAGAGAAUCAGUGGCAGCUCCUGAAUCGRGCRCUUUCYUGGGCAAGAAAUGGUGUACUCGUUGUAGGUCUUGGCACAGAAAUGCAGGUGUACUCGCAAUGGAAGGUUAUUACCGAUGGUACACUCUCUCCAUCAGAUAUCACGUCGUACGCACCGACUGCGACUCUAGAAAAAGUCACACAAUUGACMCGAGGRGGGUCUGGUGGGGAUCUGGUGCCUUUGUCYUCAUCAGGAGGAUCUCGUCUAGGGUUGUUUGAGGAGGCAGCGACGAUUCUUCCCAUCCUGCCUCAGUACCAUCCAAAGCAUUUGAUGGAGCUCAUGAAUUCUGGGAAGUUAAGAAGGGUUAGAGCGAUACUACUACACUUGGUCCAAUGUGUCGCGGGUGAAGAAGCAGUUCGCGUGGCAUCUCGAGAACAGGCCCGUCCCCGUCUUGGUAGCAUCAGUACUAGUCUACCACGUACAGGAAGUUUCGGUGAUGUUGAAACAGUACUAGACAAUGUGGAUGAGAAAGAUGGACCAUUGGCUGUUCCWCCUGUGCCUUUGCAUGCAUUGCUCAAUGCUGAUAAAGAUUCUGGUUUUACAGGUGAUAUUUCUCAAGCAGAUGGAGGAGUUCAAACAGUCUCGUCAGACGAGAAGGACUACAGUGCUCUCUUUGACACUCAAACUAGCAUGGGGAGUGUAGAGUCAGAUGACGAGCUUACUAGRAURAAUGAAAAACGAAGAAAGCGAGCCUUGACCAUGUACGGCAGUCCAACCAAUGGGCCUCGCUUUGAGGGUCCCGUAUACUUUGGCCUGGCCCAGGCGAGAUUGUUAUCUUACCAACUUACUCGUAAGCAGCUCCCUGGGUUGACAAGCAUCGAGCAACUCGAACUGCUUGCAUUGGCUGACACAUUUGCAAGUACCAAGCUUGAUCUCGAGAAAAGCCCUGCUGAUAUUGAACGUGGCUUAAACUUUGCUAAGAAAGAAGGUGAAGUUUCAAGUGGUCUUAUUGGUGUCAUGGGAGGACCCGGUGGGGGAGGUGGUGGAUAUGCGACUACUGGCAGUAUUGGAGCCUCAGCGGGUAGUGGUGGGGAUGCUGUUGACGAUUGUGGUCUUCGAUUCCUAUUGGCUAUGCGGCAUCACACAUGUCUGCUUCGAUCGCUGCCACCGAUCCAACGAGCUGUUGUUGAAGAAAAAGGGCUGUCAAGUUCGUACUAUGGUUGGGCCUUCCAUUCGGAGUCUGAAGAAGAGCUYCUUGCUAUGGUUCCAGCCAUGUUACGAGGUGAACCAACAUGGCCUGAAYUACGGCACUUUGGUGUUGGUUGGUGGAUUCGCAGCACUGAUACUCUGAGACGUCUUAUCGAGAAGGUAUCGAAGGCUCAGUUUGGUUUAAAGCAAGAUCCUCUCGAUUGCGCUCUCUUCUACCUUAGUAUGAAGAAGAAAAAUGUCAUCUGUGGUCUUUACAGGUCGGUACAAGAUAGUCGUAUGGCCAAGUUUUUCAUGAAUAAUUUCAAAGAAGACCGUUGGCGCAAAGCAGCCUUCAAGAACGCCUAUCAGCUUCUUGGUAUGCAAAGGUUUGAACACGCGGCAGCUUUUUUCCUGUUAGCUGGAUCUCUGUGGGACGCAGUUCAGGUUUGUAUCAAUCGAAUCCAUGACUUCCAGUUGGCCAUGGUGCUGACUCGCUUGUACGAAGAGCAGUCCGAAGGUCCUGAUUACAAACRUGUCCUUAAAGACUUUGUGCUUGGCUCUUCAGGAACGAAAGAUCCAUUUCUSCAAAGCAUAACACAUUGGAUCCUUAAAGACUACAACAAGGCCUUGGAAGUUCUUAUACUUGAGCCAGGAGACUCUACGGAACGCAAGUACAACGCCUGGGCAGCCAAUGGAAAUCCCGACAUUUUCAACUUCUAUUUAUUCUUACGCAAGCACCCCCUAAUCAAAAGAAGACGGUUUGUACAUUCCGACCAAGAACCGAAUGCUAUGAUCAAGAAAARCCGUCCUCGACUCACCAGACAGCAAAGUAUGAACGAAGAGGUCUUUKCGGACGAUCCGCUGACUCCAAUGGAACGUCAACUCUUCUUUAAGACUGCGCAUGCGCAUAURAACUCUGGGUGUCCUGCUYUGGCCCUUCAGGUGCUGAUGGAGCUCCCMGCAACUGAUUUAACAGAAAAGCCUUCUGGGUCGUUAAUAACACAGCACACGAUUACUGAAGAUUCUAAUAUGACUAAUGAUAUUACAGAUAGCAUGAUAGCUACAGGGACUUUGGGAGACUUCACUUUCAAAGAUAACCAAACUUUUAGUAGGAAAACUGUGAGCGUCAAUGGUGGAAGUGCUGAGGAUUUUGACUGGAGUAAACCGGUUUCUUCUAAACUUCAAGAYAGUAGCAAUGACUUUGACUGGAGUCAACCAGUUUCCUCAAAACUGGGCGGAACCGGUUUGGGRGAUAGUAGCAAUGACUUUGAUUGGAGUCAACCGGUUUCUUCAAAACUUGGAGGAACCGGUUUGGAAGAUAGUAGCAAUGACUUUGAUUGGAGUCAACCGGUUUCUUCUAAACUAGGCGGAACCGGUUUGGGGGAUAGUAGCAAUGACUUUGACUGGAGUCAGCCUAUUUCUUCAAAACUUGGAGGAACUGGCUUAGACACAAGUAACGGUUAUUUAAAUGGUAAUACUGACUUAGAUGAAAACAGCUCUGAAUCCGCCCUUGAAAAACAGGAGGAAGAAGAGCUAAACAAUGAAAUUGAUGGUGUUGAGUCUAAGGAAAUUCGCUAUGUCGAUGUCAUCGCACAACAAAUAAAAUUCUCUGCAAUUUUGAAGCUUUUGCUGGACGAGCUGCACGGCCUUCCUGCAGCGUGUGUGAUCGCCGAUGAGGACUUGAGGUCCUUCUUCAUGCGUUGGAUGGAGAUGGAGUUUGCAGUGCUACAUAAAAUGGCAGACUAUGGGACGAAGGCUAAYGAUAUCGGUGUGGAGCAACCUUCACCCGAGCCUUCUCCUGAACCAGCAGAAGAAGACUUCCAAGAAGUCCCSUCAGAUAAAAACUACAUCGGCAUGAAAAUCGACAAAUCUGCCAAGCAUAUYCAGUGGCUGAGGAAAAACCGAACUCUGCUGAACAUUUUACUAAAUUACUGCUCGCUCCAUGGAUCCAGUGGUGGGCAACUAGCAGCGAUGAACAUGGAGCUUCUUCUUCUCCUGCAUGAAGUAGAGCGUUGUAGCUUCCUUUUGUCUCCACUAUUUGUCCCGUCCGCCGGGCCAUCCAUCCCUCCUCUCAUUCUCGCCGCAGUAUCGACGUCCUCUCUUCUCGCCAGUCCUAUUGGCUACUUACAAUCACUAACUCAAGAUAUCCUCAAGUAUUUGUUUAAAUUACAGGAACCACCGUCGUCUGGGAAUCCUGUUUCCAUGGUUGCAGUUCUUAGCAGUCUGACGGGGACUUUGUCAGACUGCAUGUAUCAAAGUCUUACAGGGGUCAGCAAAGAUGGUGGCCAAGACCAACCACAAAGAGGUCCAUCGCCUCAGUCUAAUAGCUCUCCAACCACGAGUCCCUCUCAUAACCCAACAAGUUCACCGGCAAAAUGGCCUGGAGUUCGCUUGCUGCUAUCAUUGCUGGCCACAGAGAGCAGAGAUAACAACACAAGACUUCGUGUGAUCCUAACAGAGGCAUGUGUGGCUGUCUACCUUAGUUUGCUGUCCGUAGCUUGGUCAACGUGCCAGCCUAACCAGUUGUACAGGCUCGUGAAUAAUUCGCUUAAGUCAGGGAUGUGGGGGAUGGUGUUCGGAGGAGGUGUAAAAGUUUCGAUGCAAACUCCAAGUGGAAGCGUACCACAAAAUGAUAAGACCAAGUCCUCCGCUGCUGUAACCGGCCGAGGGCAGAACGACAAGUACUGGAACUCAGCCAGGACUAGAUGGAAUUAUAAAUUGCUGGGUCGACAAGAUUCAGUGCAGUCCCGCGCAACAGAGCCUAAACCUUUGGUAGUGGAACAAUACAUGCCCCCAAGCACCACUCUCACGGGAUACUUUUUGUCGAAGCCAAAUUUAUCAAGCAGUCUUGGAAAGAACUACGAUUCAGACGAAGAAGAUGGCGACUCGUCGGACGAUGAGUACGAGUAUGAGAGCGAUGCUGAAGACGAGGAUGGAUUCCCUUUGUUUAGAGCCAAGAAGAGCACCGAACCACGUGACCAUCUGGAYCAUACGUCAUAUGGCUGGAGUCUCAUGAAUUACUCAAUCAGUAAAUUAGCAUUGAAUGAUUUGCAGAAGUUUUUACCAGACAUUGGCUUUGAACUGACAGAUCUUCCAUCACUUUCACCGCUACUCCACUCGGCGUUGAAGUUACUCGAACGCUGGUCGCAAACUCUGCAAGUUAAACUCGACUCGUUUCAAGGUCCUCCGCCUGAUUUGAUAUCGCAGUUUCCAGUCUCUUGCGAAACGUUUCCUCGAGGGGGGCCGGCACUAUUGAGAUAUAAGGCACUGCUGGACCCAAGUAACACACCAUUCAGAUCGACGCGAACUGCUGCUGAGGCUGUAAAGCGACUGUGGCGGUCGCUGGUUCAYCAGGAGCCUAUCCAAGAAAUGAUGAUAGGWUAYGUGUUUAAAGCUGAUCCAACGGUCACUAGAGAGGCCAUCAAUGAUACAGAGGUUGAUCAAACUGAUGCCCCUCCUGCCACAAGAGAUCAGCAUAUCGUCCAUAAAGACACUGAAGGAAUCAACUCAUUCUGCAUAAACCAGGCAAAUCCCAACGUAAUUGCUGUUGCAACAUUGCGUGACGUACARGAAAUUGAUGUGUCACACAUUCUCUCCCCUGAACCUGCGCCAUGGACGGACGAAGAUAAYGAAACGGAGAACGGUGAAUCGUCUCGAAGAAGUAUAAAUCCAGGCUCAGACGAAUCGUCAGAGUUCCUUGUUGUCCACGGGAACCAGUCCUCCUCAAAUAUGCAGAGUAACGUGGGGUCUGGACCAAGACAAAGAAUCCUAGAGCUUCUCAAACGUCAAGCUCACGGAACUAAGAGAAUGGACUCUCAUCCACACCUACCUUACUAUAUCACUGGGUCUCAGGAUGGUAGCGUUCACAUGUGGGAGUUYGGUCAUCCGCAGCAAAUUACUUCACACCGUACUGUGGGCUCAUAUCAACGUGUUACAAGGGUCCACUUCAGUCCAUAUGGUAACAAGGUUGGCAUAUCAGACGCUAGUGGUCAGGUCUUGAUGUGGCAAGUCAGCUCUACCGGGACAUCAGCCAAUCCAUUUAUGACGUUAAAGUGUCACAACAAACAAACAAACGACUUUGUAUUUUUGAGUUCUGCAAGCUACAUCGCUACUGCUGGUCAUUCUUCUGAUGGAAGCAAUGUCGCAUUAUGGGAUACUCUGGUACCACAGAGAAGCUCUUUGGUUCAAGCAUUCACUUGUCAUGAGAAUGGUGCUCCAUGUCUUGCWUUUGUCAAAGGACARCAGCUUUUGGURUCUGGAGGCAGRAAAGGGAAUAUUUGUAUAUUUGAUAUCCGAAAGCAGCAGUUACGRCACACAUUCCUGGCCCAUGAUGCACCUGUGAAGAGCAUUGUUGUUGACGACAGUGAGGAGUUCUUUAUAUCUGGAUCAGAAGAUGGUGACAUCAAGAUUUGGGGCCUCACAAUCCAUGACGAACUUGAAUGCUUCCCAAAAGAACAUGUAAAGAGCACCUACUUCAAGUAUGGAACCCAGGGUGUGGCUCUAAUACGCAUACCUUCCCCUGGUCAAUUCUACUCUUGCGGCGGUGAUGGGACAUUGAAAUGGCGGCAGGUGUCACUACGGGACUCUAUUGUUAACACAAAGUUUUUGUGAGCAUUUUGGAUCGUUGUGAUACAUAUAUGGAGAAUGACAACUUCAAAGAUAUAAAAUGUCUUCUUGAAAUGUGCAGGCAAGGUUAUGUUACAGUAAGAACAUUAUGAUGACAAGUGCCUUAGAAAAAGACUGAUCUCAUCAAGAAAUGCAAAGUCUAAGAGAUGGCUUUGGGAACAUGACUAAGGAUGUUUUGGACAAAAGAGUGGAUUAAAUGUUAGAAGUGGAGCUUACGUCUUAAAGUCAAAACAAGGAUAAAGUUUAUGGUCAGGACAUUGAACAUAAAACAAUCGUGGCUGUCAUGUUAUACUGCACAAAAGGACACGUUUUUGAACAAUAAUACUUAUAACUCGGAAUUGAACAUUCAUUCCAAGUUAAGAAUAAUAAUCUCCAUUGAGAGUUGAUUAUACUGUACCCAUGGUUUUAUGGAAAAAAUAGACUCUCCAGAAUCAAGGCAGUUAGAAAGAGAAUAUUUUGGUAGUGACUGAAGGUGGCAAGUUUGUACUUGUUUUAUUUCAGUUGAUGCAAUUGUUGUUACAGUUUGUGGAGUCAAAAGAAAAUUGACUCGACUUUUACAGUUUGUAUUGAUGAGCCUUAAGCCUUAAGUAAUUGUGUUAUCUACUAGAAUUCUCAAACCCAAAGGCUGCGUUUAAAAUGUAUUUUGAAACAAACAAUUGAGGCUCUGAGCAAGGGGAAAUUAAACUCUGUAAACAUUAACUGCUUUCAUGCCGCACACUGGGCACUGAAUAUGCAACAAAAUUAUGUACUGCUGCAAACAUUGCACAAAAUAAAAUGUUUAUGAGUAGGUAAUAACUAUUAAAAUAUGGCAAAAAAGUACAACAAAUUAAAAUUAAAUUUAUAUAAUUUGCUAAACAAUAUUAGGAUAUUUGAUUAGUGUAAAUAUAAACAUAACCAUGGCAUCACAACAUUUUUUUUAUAUUUCUCAAGACCAUUAAACAUUUUAGUUAAAAAAAUACCAAAUAUAAGCCAAUCAAAUUGUUUGAUGUAUGUAGGUUAUACAUUUAUUUGAAACUGUGAUAUAGAAGUGUUCUAGAGAAAAAUAAUAAAGGCUUCACUGAUCAAUUCA